ACCGCAGGUGCGAAUGGGGUUUAUGCGCGGAGGCUGACGAGUGGGGCCCACAUGUCAUUCGGGGAAAUUACAGAACUACUACUUCGAGACCACCCACGCGGCCACGCGCGUCUCGCCAUGUCCGUGUCGCGCAUUCCGCCGAGCACCCUGACGUCGCUCCUCCCGCGCGCCCUCAACCCGCGCGUCGCCGUCGUCGACCUCGUCGCGGGCCACCUCACCGCCUCCGACGCCCCCGACGAGGCGAGGCCCAUCGAGGAUGAGCUCUCCCGGCUGCUCCCCUACCUCGGCAGCGACGAGCUCACCGCCGUCGUCCUCCGCGCCGGCCACUCCCACCCGCUCCCCACCCUCCGCUUCCUCCUCGCGCUGCCGCCGCCGGCGCAGCCCUCGCCGACCCACCUCGCCUUCCUCGCGGGCUCCCUCGCCUCCUCCCGCCUCUUCUCCCAAGCCCUCGACGCGCUCUCCCACCUCCUCCGGCUCCACCCGGGCCACGACGCCCUCCCCACGCUCCUCCGCUCCAGCGCCACCGCGCCGCACCCCUCCCUCCCGGGCCUCCUCGUCAAGGCCCUCCUCCGCCACGCCCGCCUCCGCGACGCGCUCCGCGCCGCCCUCCGCGCCACGGCCGCCGGCGCCCCGCCCGACGCUGCGGCCUUCAACGCCCUCCUCGCCGCGCUCUCCCGCGCGGGGCGGUUCGAUGACCUCUGGGCCGCGCGCGCCGUCAUGGCGCGCGCCGGGGUGCGGCCCAACGCGCACACGUUCAACAUCCUCGUCGCCGCCCUGUGCCGCGGGGAGGACGCCGAGCGCGCGCAGGGGUUCCUCGAGGAGCUCGAGGAGCAGGGAUUCGAGCCGGACGGGGUCACCUACAACACCCUCCUCUCAGGCUACUGCCGCAGGGGAAGGCUCCAGGACGCGCUGCACCUGUUCGACGUAAUGCCAUACAGACGUGUGCAGCCAGACUUGGUCUCUCAUACAGUUGUAAUGGAUGCGCUGUGCAAGGCCGGGAGGGUGCGCGAUGCUCGGCGGAUGUUUGACAGGAUGAUCCAGAGUGGGUUGAGCCCUGAUGCUGUUGCUUAUAGUGUUCUUAUCGCCGGGUACUGUAACGAAGGGAGGUUAAGGGAGGCAAGAUUUCUGCUGAUGGAAAUGGUCGGGUGUGGGUUCUCAUCAGAAGGAUUUGCUCUCAAGGUUGUGGUAGAAAGCCAUGUAAAAUUCAGUAAGCUGCUCACCUGCUUGAACAUGGUGGCACCUAUAAGAAAGCAUGGUGUUGUCAUCCCAUCGCAGAGUUACAGUUGCUUGAUUGGUGCAUUGUGCGAGGAUAUGCGCCCUAAUGCUGCCAGGGGUUUGUUGCAUUGGAUGAUAGAGGAUGGGCACAGCCCUAGCUUGGCAAUUUAUAAUAUGAUCAUAGAGUGCUUCUGCCAAUGUGACAUUGUGGAGGAGGCUUUAGAUGUCAAGGUUGAAAUGAUCUCAAGAGAAGUGAGACUGGACUUCAAUACUUAUCGAGCACUCAUAACCUGCUUUUGCAGGUUGGGAAGGAGCUUAGAUGGUGAAUCGAUAAUGGCAGAGAUGAUUGAAUCUGGCUUCCAACCAAAUGAAGCUAUUUGUUCUGCAUUGGUUUGUGGAUUUUGCAAGGAAGGAGCCCUUAAUAGGGCAGAAUUAAUUCUGAGGGCUUUUGUUCUUGAUUUCCAUGUCCAUUGCAACGAAAGCUAUAAUGCUCUGAUGAGAGCUUACUGCGAAACCACAAGCAGCAAGGAGUCAUUAGAAUUGCAGAACAGGAUGUUGGAAUUGGGUUUUGUCCCAAACAGUGAGACAUGCAGAUCACUUAUUCUUGGCCUUUCAAAAAGUAUUGAUCUAGUUUCCAGUGAUGAUGGUUUUUCAUGCAUUAGUAGCAAGGAUAAUGGUGGAAAUGCUGAGUGAAUACACACAAAUUCUAGGCUACAUGCUCCACUCAUGAACGAAGAGUAUAGCAGAUUCAUUGGUUCCAUAAGUUUCUGGUGGCAGUUUAUCUGGCAAACACAAUUUUGAGCUUUCAUCAAAUUUACUCUGACAGCUUAGUUGCCAAUAGAGUAAGACAUGCUGCUUGAUGACCAUGACUCUUUGCAUCACAAUGGUAAACAAGGUUUAGAGCACCAGAACCAGGACAGAGCGACUAUGCUCAAAGCCUGCAACAGAUUGUAUAGGUGGGAUUGUUUUCCCUGGAUUGGAAGCAAGUGACCAUACAAUGAACUAUCCAUAGUAUGAGCCUCUGUUCCAUGUUGUCUUUGUUGCGCAGUCGUAUGUGCAUGGGUAGUAUACAGCAGGUACUUGGUUUUGGACAUACACUACUAAGGACCUUUUGGGGAUGAAUUCAAUAUCUGAAGGCACAUGUGUGCUGUGGUGAGAUUAGCGGUGCAUAGAGUUUAUAUAGGGAGUAGCACAUAAACUCAUAUGUUCAUUAAAUUAGGUGCUGAAGGGGAUUUGGAUAACAGCUUUACAGUUCCAAAAUGGCAGAACGAUGUUUUGCUUCUGCUGAUGCACAGAGGAUAGAGCAAGGUGAUGAACCAAAAACCAAAAUCAGAAUCAGAUGUCCAUCAUAUUGCUCCUGCCCUCAUUCAGUGACUCCAAAACUCAGGCUGAGGGGAAUGGACAUGAUCGCUUCCGAGUACAAUGAAUCCCCAGGCGUUGUAUAUACUUGUAUCCCAUUCCCACGUGUGAUCCAAUGAAGAUGAUUAGCCAAGUCCAGUGUGAGUUUCUGUUCUUGAAUCCAUCUUCCUCAACCAAGAAGACGCUGUGUGUAGAACAUAAACAGACGUAGGAAACUACCAAGAAGAAAUGACGAAGUUACUGCUCUCCUCAUAAUGGGAAGUUAUGCGAUUCAGUUUUAUACUUGUAUUCUGUUGGCUUCAUCUGUUACUUCGUUAAGGUUUCUUGAUGGAAAACAUCAAAAUUCGUUCUGACCUACACUCAUCUUGUCACACGUCAUCAGUUGAUUGGCUUGUAGUAGUACUUUUUAGAUUGUUAGUAGCACCUGAGCAUAAUUGGGAUUCCAAUCAAUUGGAAGAGAGAUGUCAUA